AUGAGAAUAUUCAUGAAUUUAAAUAGAUAUUUAGGACUUAUUCUUAUUAUUUUUUAAUGGGCAAGGUCAGAACAGCUAACUCAAGUAGAUUAAAGUUAAUAAUAGCAUCAAACAUUAAAAUAACAGAAGCUUAAUUCUAAGAUUUAGCAGACAUUAUUAUCCUCAGAUAUUGAGUUAAUUUCUAAAGAAAUUAAAUUAACAGAAGAAGCUUUAAACCUUUAUGAAAAAAAAUUAGAAAUAUUACAAAAGGUUCAUGAAUACUACAAGAAAGACGAAAGUUAAUUAUUAUAUACCAGCAAUGAAUUUUUAGAAGAGUAUUUAGGAGAAGAAAAGCUUUUGAAAAUUCUUUACAAUUAAUUUGGAAGCAGAUUUUAAUAAUAUGAAGAUUCAAAGUAUAGUAUGCAAAGGAAAUAAUUGAAUCAAAAAUAGCUUGCCAACAAAUUUACUAAAAAAAGCUAAUUUAAUAUUACUUAGAAUGUCAGAGAAGUUUAAUUUUUAAAUACUUUUUCAUAUAGAAGCUUUUAAGGUACUACUUUAAGCUAUAUGAUAACUAAUUUGUUAUAAAACCAUACUUUAAUCAUAUACGAUUUGCACGGAUAACUUUUAAUUGAUCCUUAUAUUCCUGGUCAUAGGAUUCACCUGCUUGCAUUAGCUCCAAAAGUUGAUGAAGUUAUUAUUGCAACUUUAGGAUUAGAUAAUUCUAUUAGAAUUGGAAGAUUAGAAAAUAAAAGAAUAAAACUUAAUGUAACUGAAUAAGAACUCAACUCAUAGAAUGAUGAUGAAGACGAUUUUAUUCCUAAAAAGUAUAUAGGAAAUAGUGAUAUACCCUUUGAUGAAUAAAAAAAUUAAAAACAAAAUUUAAAAUCAUUAAAUGGGACUACAGCAGCAGGAAUGCAGUAUAGAUCUAGAAAUAAGACAUAAAUUCAUUUAAAUAAUCCUAAAAAUUUAAAUAAUACUCUGAACUCAACUUUAAUUGACUUGAAUUAAAAAAAUAAAUCUUCUUUGAACUCUACAUAAUCCAAUAAUUAAAACACAUAAUAAACUAGUGGUUAUAGGUCAAGAUUAACAAAAUCUAAAAAACCUGAAAAAUAUAAAUAUGUUAUUUAAAAAGAAACACCUAUAAAGCUAAUAGAUUACACUAAUUCUACUUCUCCUCCAGAAAGUAUCUAUUCUUCUAUAUUGCAAAUCACUGUGAAGGGUACAAGACUUUUUUUGAUAGGAGAUAAGCUUGGUAACAUACAUGUUUAUUUUAGAAAUGGAACUUACAAAGGAAAAGUCAAAGUAGCUAAUGAGCCCAUCAUAUAACUAUUAAAAGCCUAUCCUAAUACUAUUUAUGCAACAAAAUCUUAGAUUGGUUAGUUCAAUCCACUUCAAUAGGAUAUUGCAUUGCCAGUUUGUGAAUCAAUUGCUGAAGGAAUAAAAGAAAUAUAGCCUGAUUCGAUAUAUAAUAGUCACUUUUAUUUGCUUACUUAAAAUAACGAAGUUUUAUUAAUUGAAAUGAGAACUUCUGAUAAUUCUUGUAGGAUUAAAUAAAAACUAAAUCAGUUUGAGCUAUACUAAAAAAAAUCUCUACCGGAUGAACCUGAUAGUGAUACUAGUUUAAUAGUUAUCAAAAAUAAUUUAAUGAUUUGGAAUAACUAAAAUAAUUUGCUAAAAGUUUUUAAUACAUCAGAUAUUUUACAAGAGUAAACAGAGUUAUAUGAACCAUUUGAUAUUGAAAUCUAGAAAAAGCAAAAUUAAAAUUCUACUCUCAACUAUAAAUAUCAAAAGAUUACAAGUACUUCUACUUACAUAUUGGUGCAUGAAAAGAAUCAAAACAUAUCAAAUAUAGCUGUUUUUGAGGUAACUAUUCCUCAAAAGUAAGAAACUGAUUUCAUAAAUAAUAUAAGAGUUCCAAUAUUGAUUGUAGCUGUUGUAGUUUUCAUAUUGUAUCAAUACUUCAAAAAGGAUCAAGAUGAAGCAAAAACUACUUUUAGCGAUAUUAAUUCAAAAUUGGAUAAAAAGAGUGAAGAAGAAGAAAGCAAACCAGAAUAAAGUAAGAAAUCUCUUAAUGCUAUUGAAAAUGGACCUAGUGAAGGUGGAAACGCCAAAGAAAGCAAUACAAGCUCUUAAACAAGCAGUAUAAGUCAAAUAUAAUAAAAGAAUUAGUAGCUUUCAAACCUAACUCCUAUCCAAAAGCAAAAUAAAAAUUCUUCUAGGUACAAAUCAGGCAAAAUGCACGACAUAGAUGAUAUAGAUUACAGAAAAUAUCUUCAUUAUUGA